AUGGCCAACUUUGCUUUGGAUCAGUGUCUAGGAGAGGACCUAGAGUACGACCAGCAUGACGGUCAUGGUCGCUCAGGAAGCGUUGAGAACAACGUUCCCGAUGAUGGCGAUACCUCGCAUUUUGUCCAUGAUCAGUUUUGGGGAGUCUACAAUUUUUCGACCGACGUUCCUAUAAGAGACCCAGACGGGGAUAUUUCCUCAUCCGUGCGCCUGGAAAGCAGCAAUCCUGGCCAUACUCCUUACAUUGCGGCCACAGGUCCUGCACUUUCAAGUGAAUUGCUUAGAAAUGUUGCUACAUGGCAAAGCAAUGCUGAAGUAGAAAGCAUUUUGUCGUACGUCAUAUGCCCUCCUUUCCUACAUAUAUUUGAUAUCAGCAACUAA